AUUCAUUUUCGAUUGCGCGGCGGGACACGACGACGAUGAGCUCGACAGCGACCACACUGAAGGAACAGGGAAACGCUGCGUUUGAAGACAAGCGCUUCGACGAAGCGGAAGCGUUCUACUCGAAAGCCAUACUGCAAGAGCCCAAGCAGCAUACCUUGUACGGCAAUCGAUCGGCGGCGCGUUUCCAUCAAAAGAAAUAUCAGGAAGCAUUGAAAGAUGCAGAGACUGCUGUCUCACUAGACCCGACGUGGGCAAAAGGUCACUUUCGGAAAGGCCAGGCGCAUGAAGCUCUGCAUCAGUUACGACUAGCGCAACACGCAUACGAGUCGACGCUGCAACAUGGCGGGAAUAAGCGAGACGUCGUCGAGAAAGUUGCCGCCACGAAAAAGGCGGCGGAUAAGGAAGACCGAGAGCGCGUCAUCCACAGUCGAGAGGACUGGAACGAAAUUUACACCAACAUCUCGGACAAGAAGCUUCGUCUUGCGAUCUUGGUAAAGUUUUGGAAUGCGUCGACAAAAGCUGAACGUUUUUCGUUCUUCAUGCGGUUCCUCGCGAUUCUUUCCGACGGAGGAACACCGUCCCGCAUCGGCCGGUACUCUACUGAGCAAAUGGAGCCGUUCCCUGCAUCCAACUACGACACGAUCGAGUUGCCCGACACCUGGUCUACGUACUACGACUCGCUCGCGUUGGCUCAGAAAGGCGAUAUCAUGCAGGACAUGUAUACCGCCGCGUCGGAAGCGGAGAAAACCACCAUCAUCAACGACAUGAAGUAUUUCAUCCAUCAACUGUACAAGGAAGACCCCGACGACGACGAAUGAGUGCUUGUUUCGUCGGGAUGCGUACCACACGGCAUACACAUGCAUAAUUCAUACGAGUGCGGUGUGUUUCGCCUAAACAUGGGCAUCCAAAC